AUGGAGUAUCUGGAAAAGUGGUAUGGCAUUCAUGGGACCAUGCCUGUGGAUAUGCAUGAUAUGGAACUUCAAUCAAAAAAUCCCACUCAACCUUACGUUCCUGGCAUCAUGAGUGAUUUGAUUUCUGGUAUAAACAAUACAAAUGAGCAAAGAUGUGUUCUGGAUUGCCCCAUAGCGGUAGGUUUACCCCUUGAACUGGUUCUCCUAGAUGAGGGUCAGAUGGCCUGGCACAGGACUACCAAGGAUUGUCCAUUGCCAGGACCAAAUUUAUUGGACAUGCAACUCCGGAAACUUCUUUUCCAUAAGAGUAAUAAUGAUUGCAAAGUGCCCCUUCCAGCUGCAAAAUCCCUCUAUGGUCCUCACGAUCUGAAUGAUUAUGAUGCUGAGACUGUGACCAUAUACUCUGAAGAUUUGUUAUCCCUAGAAGUCAUUCAAGGCAACACCACUCAAACUCCCCAAUAUAUAGAUGAGACUCUAUGGCGUACCUUAGUUGCAGAAGUGGGAGAAGUUGUCGAUCUUGGUAAUUGUCUCUUAGAAUUUACCCAUGCAGUAUAG